ACAUCUAUUGUCGAUGUGGCUAUACAUAGCGAUGCCAUUCUGAUACACCACCUCCAUCGACUGAUCAACUACACCACUCACAACUCUCAACAUAACCAACAUCUACGCUUUUGAGCAACAGCGCGCUAAACAAAACACUCUAAAUACAACACUCAUGUCGAAGAGACCUGCUCCCGCUGCUUUGACAGCUCCCACGCCGAAGCGUGUGGCGAAGGCGGCACCAAUUGUAUUGGACGAAGAGACUGAGAACCACAAAGACGACGCUUCUUUCCAGAUAUCCGUGAAGAUGCACCAGAAAUUCGCGAUCUUCCCAGCAAAACUUCGCCAGACCGUCGAGCACGCCCACAAAGACGCCUUAGAAGCGAUGAUGGAGAACUUUCGAGCGGACAAUGCUCCCAAUGUUAAACACACCUACCUCACUACGCGCGGACGAUGUGUUCGGUCCUCGAUGACCAGUUUUGAAAGUCAGACGCCAGCUUGGGCGCGCAAUUCUAGCUCGCCUAGCCUUGCGAAUAUGGACAUUUUGGAAGCCAUGGCCACGAAGCCGUCAGUGUGUCGUCAGAAGCCAACAUACGUUGAGCUCCCGACUCAGGAUGGGCUCGCGAACCCGGAGUUUGUUCAUCUACACUCCGUCCGGCACAAUGAACUAGGUUGGGGGUUUGACACGCAUGGCUGCCUGUCCCUAUAUUGGGUCAAAGUCAUUGAUGGAAAGCUGGAAGAGCAUGCUCUAUACGUGGAACGAAUGAAGAUCAAGGUCGAGGUCGAGAUUGAGGUUUAAUUGCUGGAAUGGGAGCGUUGCAUGGAAUUUAGCUUGGGGGUGUCACUUUGAAAGGGCUUUGAGGAGUUUUGGGGCUGGUUUUGCUUGGGAUUUGGGGGGGUUUACGAAUUGUAUA